AUGUUGCCUGUGUUACUGUUCUUAGCUGUGUUUUGUGACGUGCGUGCGGCGUUGUUCUACGAUUCUUAUUAUGGAGUACCUAUUGGCAUGGAUGAAGUGAAACGUCACUCUAAAGCUAAUACUACUUUUUGGUGCGUUAAUGAGUUUGAGCCAUGUGACCCCAAUGAAGGCAGGCGAGUGGACGGUACCUGUAAUAAUAUAAGGUACCCUAAUAGGGGUGCUAGCCACACCCCAUUCACCAGGGUUCUACCACCGGUGUUUGACAAAGAUUUCGAACCUAAGAAGGCAGCAUCAGGCAAUGAUUUGCCUCUACCUCGUGUACUAAGAACGAAUCUAAUAUCUGUUGGCAAAGUGCCCAGUCAAAGGUUGACGCAGCUGGCCAUACAUGCGUUUGUCUUCUUAUCUUCUGACGUCGUCUCUCUACACGAUACAAUUAACUACAUAUUAUGGAGACCGUUCUGUUGCACUCCGAGGGGCAAAAACGAUACAUACUGUGUUCCAAACAAGAUCCCUGAAAAUGAUCCCGUCCACCGGUUCUCAGGACAUCGUUGUUUGAACAUGACUAGACCUGAAACCUUCCAAAGUAUAGGAUGCAUUCCCAAAGGAUCUAUUCCUGAAAGAAUUGUUUCAUCAACUCCUAUCAUCGACUUAUCAUCGGUUUACGGAAACUUCUUGAGGAACUUACAGGAAAAAGGAAGACUGUAUCAAGGUGGUCUCUUGAAGUUUGAAGAAGACAGUGGAAGAAUUUGGCCUCCAAGCACUAAGACACAGGCUAACGUCUGCUUUUUGAAUCAAAGACCAGCUGAGACCAGAUGUCAUGACAUGCCGGAAGACGGAGGUAACACUCUAGGUGGAAUUAACCUCAUGGCGGUUUGGUUGUGGAGAAACCAUAACUUCAUAGCUAGACAGCUGGCCAAGGUCAAUCCAUGCUGGGACGAUGAGAGGCUGUUUACUACUGCCAGAGACAUCAACAUCGCUCUGUAUCUUCAAUUCAGUUAUUAUGAACUGAUGCCCGUCUUCUUAGGUUAUGAAAAUUUAAUUAAGGAUGGAGUUCUGUCACCUCUUGGUGGCUUUAGGGAUGUGUAUGAUGAGAAGGUUCUCCCUCAAGUAUCUUUGGAAUUUCCUUUCGCUUUGAGAUGGUUGCACACCGUACAGGAUGGUUCUUUGAAAAUGUACGAUCUAGAAGGCCAUUACUUGAAGCAGUUCCCCAUAGUAAACCUCACUUUGAGAACUGGGUUCUUUGACGUUGACGACAACAUUGAUUACAUCACUCAAGGCAGUUUUAGACAGGGAAGCGCCAAGAUUGACUACAUUGCUGAUCCCGAUAUAACAGAACAGGGAUUGGGACCUCACCAAAGUGUAUCAGAUUUGAUGACCAAUGACAUGGCCAAAAACCGAUACUUCGGAUUCCAACCUUACGUUAAGUACAGAGAAGCAUGCUUCGGAAAGCCAAUACGCUCGUUCUAUGAUCUUGACGGAAUUGUGGAUCCUGAGAGAAUUGAGCUUCUCAGAGAUCUUUAUGAAAAGGUAGAAGAUGUAGAUCUUUUAGCUGGUAUUUGGGUGGAAAAGCCAAUUUAUGGUGGAUAUGUUCCUCCAACAUUCUACUGCCUGACCAUUGACCAGCUGAGGAGGAACAUGGUAGCUGAUAGACAUUGGUAUGAGAGACCAAAUCGUCCCAAUGCUUUUAACGCACUACAACUGGGUGAAAUAAGGAAAUAUACCAUUGCAAGAUUCCUGUGUGACGUUGGAGACAAAGUGACCAAGAUCCAACCACAUGCCUUCUUGAAGGCUGGAUUCAACAACGAAAUGGUUAGUUGUGAUAAUAUACCUGCAAUGAAUUAUGAAGCCUGGAGGGAUUUAAAUUGUGGACUGCCAACAUAUUUCAAUCAGUAUGGUAAAAACGUCGCAGAGUGA